CCCUUUGAUAACAUGGAUUCUUAUUUCUCAAUACUAUCCGGUGAAAUUAUGGUUGCUCAUGGUUAGUCCUGCUUCGCGUGAGCUGUUUGGUUAUUUUUAUUCCUCAUCACAUCAUCUCUCCUCUUGUGUUGGUGGUAAAUUCAUUCUUCCUUGAUCUAUGUGAUUUUCUUGGUGUGGUCAUUUUUAAAUAUGACGUUUCUAAGCAUAACUGUUAAAGAUUUAUGGAGGUGAAUGAAUUUUGCAGAAAUCACACCAAAUUAUUAUUUUUCAAAUGAAAGUCAAUUCUUGAGGGUAUAUGCUGUUGGAGAAGAACUGGACCCUUUGAUAUCAAGCAUGAUAAGAUUAGCUCUAUUUAGCUCUAUACUCAAAAUAUAUUUCUUCAUUUAAUUGAGUAGAUCCAGCCGCUAAAUUAGGCGACCAGAACUAUGAGUGUCGCAGGCCGGCCUUCAGACAGCAGUAAUUACUUCACUAGAUAUAGAUAUCCUUCAGUAUUGCGCGAGUUUUCUUCAAAAUAGACAUUGACAACUUCUUGCUCUUGUAACAUCUCUUUAUUGACAACUUCUUGCUCUUGUAACAUCUCUUUAGCCUUUCCUUCUGUCACGUGAGUAGGUGUCUCAUUAACAUGUCCCUGCGAUAAUAUUUUUUUAGGUAGGUGUCUCAUUAACAUGUAAACAGAGUUAUAUAAGCACUUUGUAAUUGUGCUGAUUUCUUGAGAACUGCAGUCACUACACUGCAACAAUGGAAUGCUAUCUUCCAUACAAGCUCAUCUCUCUCUUCCUUCUCCUUUCAACUGCUUUGUCAGCUACGAUAGGGGAUGAUCGUGAGACCUACAUCAUCCACAUGGACAAAUCAGCUAUGCCCACUCCCUUCUCAGAUCAUGAUAAUUGGUACACGUCGAUGCUUUCAUCCCUGUCAUCGUCCGAUCAUGGUGUUUUCCCAACCCAUCUCUACACCUACAACCAUGUGUUGGAUGGUUUCGGUGCAGUGCUAUCUCGGUCUCAACUCGAUCAGUUAGAGAAGAUGCCAGGCCAUAUUGCCACAUACCCUGAGACCUCUGGAAAGCUUCACACCACACAUACACCAGAGUUUCUUGGCCUGAAAAAGAGUGCUGGCUUGUGGCCUCAAGCCAAUUUUGGUGAUGACACGAUUAUUGGUACAAUCGACACUGGCAUCUGGCCAGAAAGUGAGAGUUUCAGAGAUGAUGGCAUGACCCCGGUGCCAGAGAGAUGGCGCGGGGCAUGUGAGUCGGGAGUAAAUUUCAACUCUUCUUAUUGUAACAAAAAACUCAUUGGAGCUCGCUCUUUCAGUAAAGGGAUGAAGCAACAAGGGCUAAACAUAUCAAGAACUGAUGACUACGACUCUCCGAGGGACUUCUUAGGACAUGGGACUCACACAUCGUCCACUGCUGCUGGGAGCCCAGUACAAGGUGCCAAUUACUUUGGUUAUGCAAAAGGAACGGCAACUGGGGUUGCACCAAAAGCCCGGCUUGCCAUGUACAAGGUUGUAUUCCUCAAUAGCACCUACGAGUCUGCUGCCACUGACACGUUAGCCGGCAUGGACCAAGCCAUAGCUGAUGGAGUAGAUCUCAUGUCAUUAUCAUUGGCUUUCAGAGAGACGCCUUUUGAUGAAAACCCUAUUGCAGUGGGAGCUUUUGCAGCCAUGGAGAAAGGGAUUUUUGUUGUUUGUUCAGCUGGCAACCGUGGUCCUGAUGGUUUCACUGUACUCAAUGGAGCUCCUUGGAUCACAACUGUUGGUGCUGGGACAAUCGAUCGCGAUUAUGCAGCUAAGGUGACGCUUGGUGAUGAGGUCCUCACUGUUAGUGGAAAAUCUGUCUACCCAUUAGACUUGUUAGUGUCUCGCGAUCCAAUAUACUUUGGCCAAGGGAAUAGAAGCAAAGAACUCUGCGAAGACUAUGCUCUUGACCCAAAAGAUGUUGCGGGGAAGUUUGUAUUUUGUGACUUCAUCAAUGAAAGUGCAGCAGUUAAUAUGUUUGAAAUAGAAAGGUCAGGAGCUGCUGGUGCAAUCUUUAGUACUGCCUUCCAAAACUUUCUUCGGCCACGCGAUUUCAAUUUGCCAUAUGUGGCAGUAACCCAAAAACACGGAGAUUUGAUCAAAGACUACCUAAUCAAGACGGAGAAUGCAACUGUUAGCAUCAAGUUCAAGAUAACAGUGUUGGGUACCAAGCCUGCCCCUAUUGUGGCGUGGUUCUCAUCACGAGGGCCAGAUCGCAUGUCUCCAUGGAUACUAAAGCCUGAUAUUUUAGCUCCUGGGGUUGAUAUUUUAGCUGCAUGGGUACCCAAUAGAGGAGCUGCACCUAUAGGAGACGACUAUUUGCUUAGCGAUUUUAAACUCCUCUCUGGCACUUCUAUGGCUUCACCCCAUGCAGUUGGUGUAGCAACGCUUCUAAAAAUGCUCCACAAGGACUGGAGCCCAGCUGCCAUCCGAUCAGCCAUGAUGACUACCGCUUAUGUGAAUGAUAACGCCAAUGGCUCCAUCAUUGACAUGACCACUGGAGUUGCUGGGACUCCUCUUGAUUAUGGGGCAGGACAUAUUAACCCUGAAAAGGCAAUGGAUCCUGGUCUUGUUUAUGAUAUAGAGGUUCAGGAUUAUAUCAAUUACUUGUGUGGAUUGAACUACACGAGCAAACAGAUUAAGAUCAUCACCAAAAGGUCGAAUUUCAGUUGUGAUCAAGCCAGUCUUGAUCUUAAUUAUCCAUCUUUUAUUGUUAUCCUCAACGACACCAACACUAUGAAUUACACCUUUAACCGGGUAUUAACAAAUGUUGUAGAUAGUCCCUCUACUUAUCAUGCAGUGGUGAAGGCUCCGUCAGGGAUGGAAGUGGUUGUGCAGCCCCAGGUGGUAUCCUUUGCUGGAAAGUACAGCAAAGCGGAGUUCAAUAUAACGAUAGAGGUGACUGUUAAAGAUGCUAAUCCACUGAGUGAUUCCCUAGUGAAUUAUGGGUAUUUAAGCUGGAAUGAUGUUAACGGGACUCGUAUGGUGAGAAGUCCUAUUGUUGCUGUGUAUGCACCUUAAGCAAGUGGUACAUAUUGCUGAUUGAAUGUUUGUGUGGGUAUUUAUGAAAUAAUGUUAAGGACACUUGUGUCCACAUGAUUGUUUAUUGAAGAGGUAUGUAUAAUCAAUUAUUGUUCCAAGACCUAUUAGCCAUGUGUCAAAGUGCUAUUUGUGGGUAUUUUAUUCUAUUGUUGUGGAA